GAUUAAGAAUCAUGUUGCAUGAAGCAAGGGACAGGCAGAAGUUCGUCAGUGAUGUUCAAUAUCUGCGAGACAUGCAGCAUAAGGAGGACUCUGAAUACCAGGCUUGUUUGAGACGACAGGAAAGCAGAAAAGACGCAAAUGAGAAGAAACGAGAUCAGUUUGAGGGGACAGAGACAAGUUCUGAGAGAUCCCGGUUUUCAAGUGGGUCAUCUUCCAAACAGAGUUCCAGUGAGGAAGAUCCUCUAAGUGAAGCAAGAUCAUCUACCAAGAUAUCUCCAGUGAAGUGUGAUACCAGACUUCCAGCAAUUGACCAAACAUCAGUCAAGCAGAAACAUAAAAGUACAAUGACCCCAAGGAACUCAGAGAAAGCGGGCCCCAGCAAACCCUCUCCAGCAGCCCAGGCACCAAAGAUUUUAUCAAAGAAGAGGAGGCCAAAACUGGGGAGGUUGACAGUCAGCCCAGAAACGCACAGCCCAAGAGCGUCUGGGGACAAAAGCAGACAGAAGCCGCAGUUGCCGGCAAAGGCAAUGGCCCUCAGGGGAACAGAUCUAGUAGCUCAACAAGAAGGCCCCAUGUGGGCAGGUGACACUAAGCUGAAGAGGCCACCUCGAGACAGAAGAAACUUAGUCCCAUCCUCACAGCUGAUGACGACUGAGAACUCACCUGAGAGGGCCAAAAGAGGAGACCUGAGUUCCUUUUCCCAGAGUGAGACACUUUCCGCCCUGUCCCAGGCCUUCCAAAGAACGAAUGGUCCUCAAGUGUUGAGCAAGUCCCUGGGGCCACCACUCACAUCCACCAGCAUGCGAGGGCCAAGAAGGGCACCAUUUAGGUUCAGAGAUGAAGAUUUUUAUUCCAUUUUAUCAUUAAACACUGGAAGAGAAAAUGAUGACACUGAAGAUGAAACCCAUGUGGAAGAAGAACUUCUGUUGGUUGGCAUGCACCCACACCAUUCUCCUUCCAAUCAUAUAAGAAGUAGAUUUUGGGGGAGAUCAGCCACUCAGGCCAAAAAUAAAACUUUUGAAGAAAAUACUGAAAAAACUCGCAGAGGCAAUUCUUUAAGAAGAAGUGAGCCCAAUCGUGGUUCAUUAAGAAUAGGCAAUGCAAUGGAGCCAGUGACAAGGCAGCCUUCUGUCGGGCAAAGGUUGUUCCAAGACCCUGGGCUGCUUCAUAGGGAGUCUGCUGAAGAGAAUGACAGUGGUGGCAGUGAAAAUAAGACCUAUCGUUUGUGGGACACCAAAUCCGAACCUAGACGAGAUGAUGGUCUCAAUGCUGAAAAUAUAUCUAGUGAUUGUAUUUCUAUGGAAGAUAGGCCUGGGGCCCGUGAUUAUGAAAGAGAUUGGCAGGACUAUUUAAACACUUCUAGAAAUUCUCUUGACUACUUUCUUUCUGGUAGAACAACAGCUCCAAGAUCAUCAAUGAAUUCAUCUUAUAACGCUCCUGCAUCCUUAAUGCAUUCUGCUCCGAGAGGUGAUAUUCCAGUAGACUUGUCAACAUCAUCGACUUUAGUUCUUAGUUCAGACUCAGAGGGAAACUCAAGGUUUAAUGUUCGCCAACCGCUGUCCCCCAUUAGAAAUAGGAAUCCAUUUGCCAGUGCUGAAAACCACAAUUAUUUUCCAGUGAACGGUACACACGAAUUUGAUGUCAGGGGAGCAGAAGGUAUUACUUUAAGAAGCCAACUUCAGGGGGCUCCAUUACAUACGGAAGAUUUUUUACUAAAUCCACAAAGCAGCUUGUCCUUAGCAAAUUCUUCCAACUCCUAUCUGUCAAGAAUGAGCUUCCAAGGCCAUUUGCAUGUGCCUGGGUCUCUGCAAGAAAAUAUACCGAUUACUUUCUUUGCAGUGUCUGAUUUCCCAAAUCAAAAUGAUAAUGGGAACAGAAUGGCAGCUUCUGGUUUCACAGGUGGAAAAGAGGAUACCAAGAUAAAGACAGACCCUGAGAAACUCAAAAAAUUGCAAGAAAGACUCCUGGAGGAGGACUCCGAGGAGGAAGGAGACUUGUGUCGCAUCUGUCAGAUAGCCGGGGGUUCCCCAAGCAAUCCCCUCCUGGAGCCCUGCGGCUGCGUGGGAAGCCUGCGGUUUGUUCAUCAAGAGUGCCUGAAAAAGUGGCUGGAAGUGAAAAUAACAUCAGGAGCGGAUCUUGGCGCCGUGAAGACCUGUGAGAUGUGUAAGCAAGGCCUGCUGGUCGACCUGGAUGACUUUAACAUGACCGAAUUGUACCAGAAGCACCAGGAGUCCCGGGCACAAAACGAGCUGAUGAAUUCAGGCUUGUACCUGGUGCUGCUGCUCCACCUCUAUGAGCAGAGGUUUGCAGAACUCACGAGACUGAACUACAGCCGGGUCAUGCGAGAGAGGAUUCUGAGUUGGGAGAUGGAAGUGAAAGCGUUUCUCAGAGCCGGGUCGUCUAGCAAAGGAGCUGGCCGUGGAGCUCAGCAGAGACCUCUCCACUCAGCCGUCCUUCCUCUGCCCCAUGCACCCCCUCCCUCCUCCUCUUUACUGAAACCAGUGUUUUCACAGUUACCAUUUGCACCUUGUGCCAUUCUCUUUUGGAGGUCUGGCUUGAGCAUCUACGGGCAGCAACAGCCCGUGGACAGCACAGGUCAGGCAGCCUGGGUUGUUGAGCCCCCAGCAGGCUGCCCUGCUGCUGCCCCUCAGCCCGGAAGCCCAAGGGGACCCAGGAGCCCUGGUGGGCCCCUUGGCCGGGGUCCCACUGCUGAGGGCGCCUGUCAGACCUCACUCCACCCCGAGUGGAAUUGA